CACAUGAUAAGAUUAAUGACACCUGAUUCAAAAACACUUCCUUUUGCACUAGGCCCUAAAAAAAUCAGCCCUUAUUUUACGAAAUGCACUGAUGGAUUUUUUAGGCGGAGGAUAAUAUAUUCCCUGCGCCUUACUGUACUUUAUAGUCUGAGAAUAUUGUUUUCAAGUAAAUUGUUCCAUCAAUCAAGAAUUCAGUUAUUGAAAAAUCUUCAAGCUGCACAGAGAAUAAAUCGAAAUCUUCAACUAUUUUCAUUUACACGAUGCAUAUCUAGAGGGUUCCUUUGUCACCCAGCCUGUGGUACAGCUGAAGCAUCUGCAUCCAUCCGUCUUUUUUCUGACAAAGUUAGACAAGAUGAGUCAAAAAUUGAAACUACAGAUGAAGAAGAUGAACUAUACAAAUGGAUUGAAAUUAGGGUGAAAGGUCAUGAUGAGUCAGUGCUUGACAGUUAUGAGAUGUUUGUUUCCAUGGCAGCCAAAGAACUGGAAAUAACGCUUGAUAGUAUAAUGAAACCUAGGAAACAUAUCAAACGGUUAUCUCUGUUGAAAUCACCAUUUAUUCACAAAAAACAUUUUGUACAAUAUGAAAUGAGAACACAUUACAGAGUUAUGUUGUUUAAACACUUAACAGGGUCUACUGCAAGCAUUUUUCUAGAAUAUGUGCAGAGAAAUUUACCAGAAGGGGUAGCCAUGAAAAUCACAAAGUGUACAGUUGAAAGAAUGCCGGAAUACAUUAAAGCAGAUGCUGACAUGGAUCAAUUAGUCACUGGCCUGGAUAAUGUCAAAGUUUAGCUGUCAUUUCAAUAAGUUACCAUCAGAUGCUCAUCUAAACCAAUUAGUUGUGGCAGAUAGAAUUUCUCUAUGAAAUAAGAACACAAAAGUGUUACAGAUUCUAAUGUUUAUUCUGUUAAAACAUUUAAAUAGUAGUUGUGUAGUUUGCAAUUAAUAAUAUAUUUCAGUUAAUUUAUGUGUUAUACAGAUUAAUUAAAGUCUUAAAUGUAACUUCCAAGGAUUUGUUUAUGAACAAUACAACAAAUGGUUUACAGAGUACAAUUAAUUUUUAAGUCUUAAAAACGUGACUUAAUUCAAGAAUUUUUGUAAACAUAAUACUGUUUGUUUUUUCCUACUGUAUGUACCUGUCUAUAAAUAUUUUAAAGGAUAGUAAUUUUACUGACAAUUAAAUGCUCAACAAAAUAUAUUUGGAAUGAUAUCAAUAAUAGGUGGAGCUUGAGGGUAUGUUUAUAUUAUGUGAUGGAUCAUUAAAUAAUAUAAAAAUCUA